AUGAGCCAGGUCAGAGAGAAGCAUGCAGAAGCAGUGAUCCAGCAUCUCCCAGGUAUGACCCAUGAGACCCGGUUCACAUACUACCUGAAGAUCAGCAAACCAUCCAACAGCCCCAAGAAGAUUGUUUGGAUAGACUGUGGAAUUCAUGACAGAAUGGAUUGCCCUACUUCUUGCCAGUGGUUUAUGAAAGAGCUUCUACAGAAUGAUAAAGACAACACAAGGACCAGCAGGCUCCCUAAGGACCUAGACUUCUACGUGCUUCCCGACCUCAACGUUGAUGGUUUCAUGGUUCCUCUGCUUCUUGAUCUUCUCUGGAGGAAGUCCCACUCAUCCCAUAAUAAUAGCACAUGUCUUGGAAAUAUCAAUCAAAAUGUCAUUGUCUCCUGGUGUAGUAUGUAUUGCGCAUCCACAGACUGCCAAGAUUUAACAUUCUGUGGGAAAGAAUCAAUGUCGGAAUCAGAGACUAAAGCAGUCUCAAGCCUUACAGAAAGCAAGAAAAAAGACACCCUGUGCUUCCUGACCAUGCACUCUUGUGGGCAGCUUACUCUCACACCAUACGGUUACACCAAAAAUAAACCAAGUAACUACGGAGAACUAAUUCAAGUUGGACAGAAGGCGGCAAAUGCAUUGAAAGCAAAGCGUGGAACCAAUUAUAGAGUUGGAUCAAGUGCAGAUAUUUUAUAUGCUAUGUCAGGAUCCUACAAAGACUGGACUCGAGACAUUGGGAUCCCCUUCAAAUACACGGUUGAGCUGAGGGACAAUGCUGCCCAUGGUUUUCUUCUGCCUGAAGCCCAACUCCAGUCCACUUGUGAGGAAACCAUGGAAGCUCUGCUUUCACUCCUUGAUGGUGUGUAUGAGAAUUACGUCGCCAGCAGUGCCGGGAAGGACAACCACAAAGCGGGCACGGACCAUGCUGCACUUCUUCGCAUCUGCCUCCUGCCUUGGCCUGCUUAG